AAUGGGGUAGAUCUUGUGACACCAAACAUCUCUCGUUCUCAAAUCCUAUGAUUGCUUAAAACACUAUUCAAGUUCAAAUCUGCGGGUUAGAUAACGUUAGAGGGGUUAUGAUAUAGAGACAACAUUUUUCUACGAGUGAUAUCUUCAAUCAGUAUGAAUAAGUUACAAGCUCUUAGACAGCUCAGAAUCAGAGCAACUCAGACUGCCUUCACUUAUCUGGGUUCACUCAACUCAACCAGGGCCAAACAUUCCCAGUCCCAUGGCAGCAAUUCAAUGCAAUUUUCAACUUUAAAUGUUGAAGAAAUAUCAGGCUCUCUACCUGCUGAAGUGUCCAACUUGGUGCAGGGAAAGUGGGUAAAGUCUUCUGGCUAUAGCACAAUAUUGGAUCCCUUAAAUGGGGAGUCAUUUAUAAAAGUUGCAGAAGUACAAGAAGCAGAACUGCAGCCAUUUGUUGAGAGCAUGAUAAAUUGCCCCAAGCAUGGCCUACAUAAUCCAUUUAAAGCACCAGAAAGAUAUCUAAUGCUUGGAGACAUCUCUGCAAAGGCAGCUCAUAUGCUCUCACUUCCCGAGGUUUCUGACUUCUUCACAAGGUUAAUACAGAGGGUGGCUCCUAAGAGUUACCAGCAAGCUCUCGGCGAAGUUGUUGUCACACAAAAAUUUUUAGAAAAUUUCUCUGGUGAUCAGGUCCGUUUUCUGGCGAGGUCUUUUGGAGUGCCAGGAAAUUAUCUGGGACAGAUCAGCCAUGGUUUUCGCUGGCCUUAUGGUCCUGUGGCAAUUGUUACUCCCUUUAAUUUUCCCUUGGAGAUUCCUGUACUUCAGCUGAUGGGUGCAUUAUAUAUGGGAAAUAAGCCUGUUCUUAAAGUUGAUAGCAAGGUGUGCAUCGUAAUGGAACAAAUGCUACGUCUGCUUCAUGAUUGUGGGCUACCAUUGGAGGAUGUUGAUUUCUUAAAUUCUGAUGGAGAGACUAUGAACAAACUGCUUUUGGAGGGGAAACCACGCAUGACUCUAUUCACUGGUAGCUCGAGAGUAGCAGAGAAGUUAGCUGGGGACCUUAAAGGUCGCAUAAAGCUGGAAGAUGCUGGAUUUGACUGGAAGAUCCUUGGCCCUGAUGUUUACGAGGUGGAUUACGUUGCUUGGGUUUGCGAUCAAGAUGCUUAUGCAUGCAGUGGCCAGAAGUGUUCAGCUCAAUCAAUACUUUUUAUGCAUGAGAAUUGGGGUCGAAGUCCCCUCAUCAACUUAAUGAGUGAGCUUGCUGCAAGGAGAAAGUUGGACGACUUAACCAUUGGUCCGGUCCUCACGUUUUCUACUGAAGCAAUGUUGGGGCACAUGAAUAAAUUGCUGAAGGUACCAGGAUCGAAGCUUCUCUUUGGUGGUGAACCCUUGCAAAACCAUUCCAUACCUUCAAUUUAUGGUGCCAUUAAACCAACUGCAGUUUUCGUUCCUCUCGAAGAAAUCUUGAAGGAUGAAAACUACGAUCUUGUCACGAGAGAAAUCUUUGGCCCAUUCCAGAUUGUCACGGAAUACAAAAAUGAUCAACUGCCUAUGGUCCUGAAUGCUCUUGAAAGGAUGCAUGCAAAUUUAACCGCUGCUGUAGUUUCAAACGAUCAACUGUUCUUACAAGAAGUAAUUGGUAAUUCUGUCAAUGGGACUACAUAUGCCGGAAUCAGAGCAAGAACAACAGGGGCACCGCAAAAUCACUGGUUUGGUCCGGCCGGAGAUCCAAGAGGUGCGGGAAUCGGAACACCAGAAGCAAUAAAGCUGGUCUGGUCUUGCCAUAGAGAAAUUAUAUAUGAUAUUGGGCCUGUGUCGCCAUCCUGGCAACUUCCACAAGCUACAUAAUGGAAAUCCAGGGUUCAUCCUUUUGUCCUUGUGAUCUGCCAGAUUAAAUAAGUCGACCUGUUCAAAGACCGAUAAGAUGAAGAGGACGAUGCUUGGCUCUGUCAUAUGUUGGUAAAAUCUGCCGUGUCCUCUGCCAAUCCACAGGAAAGAACAUAAUGUAACACCUUGGUAUGGUCAUUGAGCUUCUGCAAUAAAAUAAAGCUCCCCUUGUAUCACUAGCUAGGGGAUUGGACUAUUUGGUUCUAGAAUAGAACCUUAAUAUGUACAGAAGAUGGGCCUGGUUGCAUGUCAAUUGUAGCGCCACCCGUAACCGGAAUCAGAAGAGGCUGUUGUUACAGGUUUGGUUCCGGUCUGAACUGUUC